CUGACGUCACCACGUGCCGCCAUAUUGGAUGAGACUAGGGAAGGAGUGCAUCAAGAAAGCAGUCGAGGAAAAGAGAAGAAAAGAAAGGGGGAGUGAGAGAGUGUGUAUCUCAGAGAGAAAGAGGCCGAAUUGGAAUCGGUGCACUUCCUAUCAGGGAGACAGUUGGGAGAACUGUCAAAGUGGGGAGUCAGAGAUUCAACGGCGGGGCUGCUUCCCGAAUCCAUGACUGUCUGGAAAGUCUAAGCGUAAAAUAAGCGAGAGGGAGAGGGGGAAGAUAAAAAAGGGGAAAGGAGCAAAGUAAUUGCGAGCGACCUAAGGCAGGCUGCAGCCGUCUCUGUCUCUUUCCCCGUUUGUGCGUGCAUGUGUGACUGCGAUUCGGACUUGGUAGCAUGACUUCUCUGACCCAGCGGAGCUCGGGCCUGGUGCAGAGGCGGACCGAGGCCUCCCGAAGCGCCGCUGCAGCCGCCGCUGACAAGGAGCGAGGUUCCGGGGAUGAGGAUUUGGAAACUCGGCGGGGAGAAGAGCAAGACGAAGAUGACAAGGGAGACUCCAAAGAAACCAGGCUUACGCUAAUGGAAGAGGUGCUGCUUCUGGGCCUGAAAGAUCGUGAGGGUUAUACAUCAUUUUGGAAUGACUGCAUUUCUUCGGGUUUACGUGGUUGUAUGUUAAUUGAACUGGCAUUGAGAGGGCGAUUACAGCUGGAAGCUUGCGGAAUGAGAAGAAAAAGUUUAUUAGCGAGGAAGGUAAUCUGUAAAUCUGAUGCUCCAACUGGGGAUGUUUUGCUUGAUGAAGCUUUGAAGCAUAUUAAAGAGACUCAGCCUCCUGAAACAGUGCAGAGCUGGAUUGAGCUGCUAAGUGGUGAAACGUGGAACCCAUUAAAACUACAUUAUCAGUUGAGGAAUGUUCGUGAACGACUGGCCAAAAAUCUGGUGGAAAAAGGAGUACUCACAACAGAGAAACAGAACUUCCUGCUUUUUGACAUGACAACACACCCACUGACCAACAACAACAUCAAACAACGGCUCAUUAAGAAGGUACAAGAAGCUGUUCUGGAAAAGUGGGUGAACGACCCUCAUCGCAUGGACAAGCGUUUGCUGGCUCUUAUUUUCUUAGCACACUCUUCAGAUGUGCUGGAGAAUGCUUUUGCUCCACUAUUAGAUGACCAGUAUGACUUGGCCAUGAAAAGAGUGCGACAACUACUAGAUUUGGACCCUGAAGUUGAAAGUAUGAAGACCAAUACAAAUGAAGUUCUUUGGGCUGUUGUUGCAGCAUUUACUAAAUAAUUUUUUUUCUUUUUUUCCCCCAGUUUGAAAGUAGACUGACAACAGUCUUGUUUCAAUGUUGCUAUGUUAUGUAAUUCUGCGUUAAACUGGGUCAGUGACACCUUUACAUAUGUAUUCUUUAACACUUUUGUAACUGUCUUGCACCUGAAAAGCUUGUUUUUGUCAGGCAUCUCGUUUUCAUUGCAAAAUCAUGCUUUACUUUGCAGCUGAUUUAAAAAUCAUAUUUGGUUCUUUAAAUUCCAGUUGGUGAUGCAUUGAUUGCUUAAAAUGUGUUGGGGACCUACUUUAAUUAUUUAAAUUUUAUUUUCUGUACUUUUGAUUGAGAAUUGUACAGCUCAAAGUAAUCCACUGUGACAAGAUAUUGCUUGAUUUUUCAAGACUCAAGCUUUGGUUAUAUUGUUGUGAACUGUUUCAUGGGAUUCCUUGGAGAGCAAACCACAAGAUGACUACAAUCUAAACCACAUGCCACAGGUGAAAAUAUUUUUUUUAAAUAUAAUAAACAUAGAAUGUCAAUCAUUUGAAUCUGAAAAAGCCCUAUAUAGCGAUACUUUUGUAUCCUCAAUGUUACUUUCUUAACAGAUUUUCAAUAUAAACAACAUCUUCAUUUAUCUACACUGGCUAACUGAUGAAAUGCCCAUGGCUUUGGUCUGUUUAAACUUUUAAUUUGCUGUAAGUUUUCACCCUAUUCCCAAAGAAAAUCUUUUUGAUGUGUUGCGUAGAAAUUCCCUUAUUAUUACACUAAUAAUGUUUUAAAAGAGCAGUUCUUUUAUCAUGGUUCAAGGUAAAUUUGUCGAGUACCUGAAACAUCUAUAUCCAGUUAACCUGCACCAAGUAUUUGGGUGAAGGCCUGCAUGUCAUGCUGGUGUGUAGCGGAAAUGUACUGUCGAUAUGUAGGGCGGGAGAGGUAGGUGCCCCAUACAAGACCUUUUUGUUUGUAAGUGUGAAUGUGUGUGCACAUUUUGUACCAUGAGGUGUGCAGGAUAUGAAUUUUACAAUGGUGAAAAAUGCAUCUAAACACUUUUUUUUUUUUUUUUUAGAUUGAGAUUUUUUUUUAACUAAAGAAAGUCUUUUAAAGUCUAUCCCCCAUUUGAUUCAUGUCACAUGGACAGUUUUGAUGUUUUUUUAUUUGCUCAUUUCCUUAAUUAAGAGAUGAUUUUUAUUAUGCAUUUUGUAUUUCAUAUAUCUUUCAAAUUAGACAUUAAGCAUUUUUUAAGGAAAAAAAAAACUUCUUACCUCUUAUGGCUUGCUUUAUGGUAGCUACCUUCACAUAGUGUAUAUAAUAUGUUGAGCUGAUAAAUCUACACUGAUUUGGGGUAUACUUAAUGAUGGGGUUUACAGGUUUUGGACCUUUCUGUUAAUAUACUCCUGAAGCAAAGUAGAAAAUGUAUAAAUGUAGAGUUAAAGGGAUCCCUAAUCUGUAUCCUUUGCUUUUUACCAUACAAUAAACUACAAUCUUGAAAGUG